AUGUUAACUAUAGCGAAGGACCUACCUAAUAGCGCGUAUAUAGUGGCAGCACUCACUACGAUGACCCGCGCAAAAAAUGGCAGAAACUUAGACGGUAUUGAUGCCAAGCAUAUUGGGAAUAUGCCGUAUAUCACAAUCGACACAGAAACAGCCAAAACCUACAAAUAUGUUCCUACAAGUGAAGCAUUUAGGGCUGCGAUAAACGCCAACAGCCAAAUGAACAAGAAGAAGAGCGAAAAGGCCACGCUUUGUGUGCCGUUAUGA